AAAAAUGAUUUAAAAAACUAACGAUAAAAACCCUGAAAACCAUAAAUUUCACACCACAGCCACAGAUCGGUGCUGGUCCGUGGGUUGGGGACUGCCAUUCUACAGUUUAACACUGUGCCAACAUCACACUGUAGUAUUUGCAGAUUCAGUUUUAAGGAACUUGAACUUAGGAAUAUAAGUAUUUAAUGCAUGUACUCUCUAUAUAACUGUAAAAAAAUGGAAACAUCUGACAGUUCAAACCAGAGAUUUGGUGUGCUAUCCAGUAAAGCCUCAGUUAUAAGAACAGUCUGGAUUAAACUGUCUGGCCCUCUCUUGCAUUAAAACGUUUUGUUUUGAUUCACUGUUAAUCAUCUCUUUGUUAGGAUCCUGUUUGUUGUAUGAUUGACCAGUCUGCUUGAAGACAUUAAAACCAACACAACAAUAAGGAAAAAGUGUGGAAAGCUUUAGUGAAAUAAUAACUUUAAUUCGCAAUUGGCUUUUUGAUGUGAACACUAUUACUUUAAGUAGUCUUGGAAAUGAUUUUGCUACCUUGAGAAAGACUGAAAUCAUAAUCUUUGUUGCUUCAGAGUAAUCUUUUGUGUUACGUUGCACACCACGCUUAUCCUGUUAAACACAAUAAUAUCUUCUGUGUUUUGGGUUAUUACUCAAAAGUGAUAUUCCCACAAUUAUGUGGACAUUUUUCUUAAAUGGCGUAACACUGUUGCGUGCUACAACAGCUCCGUCUUCUUCAAACAGACACGCAGCCUACAUCUAAAAGGCAAUCAGCAGAUCUUUUGCCUGUGUCUACUUUUCCAGCUCUGUGAAACGUUUCGUUCCAGAGAAAGACUGUUGCUGUCUUUAUCGUCAGACCCUUGUCACCUACCACUAUUGAAGAUUGGCAGUGAAAUAUCAGGUAUGAAUGUAGCUAAUUCCAGAGAAAUGGAAGACCACAGUCACAACUGUUGCAUUGUCUUCUUUACUUGGAACUUGUGAAGUAGUUUGGGUUUUGUUUUUUACAUUUUAACUGGAACUUUUACUUGUUUUGACAAGAAGUAAUGAAAGUGCGAUUUUUGCAAUUUUUGAACACGCCCACUAGUGCAUCACUGUUUGUCAACAUGCUGUUUUUUAAUAAUCUGUCUCUUAUACUUCAUUCAUGAUGUCAGCUUUCCAAAUAAAUGGCAAAUCAUGUUUGGUUUGUGUCAGUCUGUGUUCCUACCCUCACCUUUGGUCACUAGUUCAGGGUAGUGGCUGGAAGAAUGAGAUGUCAAGUGUGAAAGUCCACGGUGUGAUUGUUUUGGAGAGUAGACUAGAGUCCUCCACAUCAGAAGAAGUCAGGUGUCUCUGGUGACUCCUGGAUCAGUUGUUUCAAGCGUGUCCUAUUGGGUAUGAGUCACCCUGGGGAGAUCCAGAACAUGCUCACGAGACGCAGAAUACGCUAGAGAGUCUCUUUCAACUGGCUUGGGAACAUGACCUGGACCAGUGGUAGUAAUUGGAUGGAUGAAUGACUGGAUGACCAAAGGAGUGUCUCUACCAAAUGGCUAUAUGAACAGAUAUAGCCAUUUGGCUAGCCAUCACAGCUAUAUGAACUACCUGAUUUUGUACAAUUCCUUUUGUGUCUUUAAUAAAGACCUGAACAUUUUUAUCCUCAUACUAUGAUGGCUUGUAACUAAAAAUAUUCAAACUACGUAGGUGUCUUUUAAAUUUUGCAUUUUUUUUUUACUAUUUUAAGCCCUCAUUACUUCAUAAGUAUAGGAGAUAUCCACAUGAAGUUCAAAACAUGUUCAAGAUCUGUUAAAAAUUGCAACUGGAUAACUUUUACAUCCACCCCAUGUGUCACAGUCUAAAGCAAAAAGGUUCUUUAUUUGCAAAUCUGAGCAGCAAUAUCAGAUGCAAUAGGAUAUGUCAGAAACAAUAAUUAUCAUCUUGGAUAUUUGAUCCACUUUCUGGUAAUUCAAUGGAGAAAACAUCAAAGUGUGUUUGGGGUAAAUGUUUAAGGAUCAUAUCACCAUGCGGGAAAGGUGGUGGAUCAAAACAAGUUGUGGCAUAUUGAAAGGCCACAUUUUUCCUAUAUUUUGUUAUCAGAGUAUUCAUCUAGCUUCUGUAUCAAAAUAACCUUCUAAUAUAGUCUGUAAAAUAUAAAGACGUAACAUGGAGAAGAACACAUUUCAAAAAAAUAUCACACUGAUUAAAUAACUUUAGCUCCUGAGGUCCAUUCGCUUUGAGCACAAAGGAGAAGAUGGGUUGUAAAGAAUCAGCUGAUUCUUAAUUUUUCACACAGACUCAAAGUAUGGAUGCGAUGACGGUGAAAUGUGGGGAAAAAAGCAAAAGCCCGUCGACGUGGCUCGGUGGAAAGAAAAUCAGCGUGAUGGACAUUCCGCAAAAACAAACAAGAUGGACAAUGACUUGUGUGCCUCUGUCCAUACAUUGUCUCCACAGGAAGUGCAAACACUAGUUGGUGUGUGUAGAGGGAUUAGGGACAGCAGUUCAAUCCCAUCCAAGAGGUUCCCAGUCAGGAAACACCAUCGCAGUGGACUGGGGAAUAACAGGAAGAGGGUACCUACCCGACUGACGCUCCUAUGGAAACGGUUGACCAAUGUAGCCUAGCUUCAAAGCGUUAGGAAAAAGCCUAGAGUGUAGAGAUGGGAUGGGAAAACAACCCCCACACCUCCCUUGCAUGCGAUGAGUCUUCUCAAGGCAAAUCCUGCUAAUUAUUGGUUGUGAGUGUUUUGAGAAUGUAAACAACCGCUGCUUAAUGAAAUGCUUUGAGAGUGGCAGUCAGCACAGCUUAGUUAGAGAGGCGAUAAUAAGCUUCGAAAAAUCUCUAAUUUAAUGUGUGUUAUUAUGGCUGUGGAAGCAUGUAAUGCUUGCUCUCAAUUGAAGCCAGACACGAAACUGGAACUUCCAGCAGCAUCAUGAGUGAAUUAUUGGUCUUUUAAUCUUUUUCCUUACGUGUCUUUUUUUUUUUUUCUUCUCGCUGACUUGCUUUUCUUUGUUAGCUUAAUGCUCACAUUUCCCUUCCUUUUGUCCUCUUUAUUUAGCAACUGCCUUGAAGAUUUAAAGAAAUAAAAUCGGGGCUUACAGUUAUUGAAGGGUUAAUGCUACGGGUAGGCAUCAAGGGAAGGCCACUCAAGUCCGCUCCCUCUACAAUGGCACUGCCACUGGGGGGCUAAUCCUUCUGGGUAAUUGCAUCUCUGCUAUCCACUCUUAAAUAUAGCCUCCCCCUGAUUAACGCUGACAGCGGGGGGUGGCGGAGAUGAUAAAGAUUCAACAGGUCGCCUUGUUUUGAAGUUGUGAGAGAAGAAGAGGUGGAGUUUGUGUAUUGUGACCUACCCACUUGACCACUCGAUCCUCACCAAAGUCUAUCCUUGCCUCUCUUGUGCCCCCCCACCUGAGCCUCAGGGGUCUUGAAAUUUUUUUUGCGAGCAGGCUAAUUGUGGGGGAUUUAAACAUGGCUCAUCUCAGAUUAACCUGAAUGACAACAGAACAGAGAGUAGUGGGCUGAGUGUUUGUGGUCAGCGCAACAGACUGUAACAGGAAAUUUAGGCUGUAAAUCUCACAUGCUGUUACACUACAAGCCCACACAAGGCGUCACCCUCCUACACAUACCGCACCAAACUAGGGCUACAAGUAAUGACUGUUCAUUGCACACUAUUAAUAAUUUGUUUGGUCACUAAAUGUCAGCAGUCCAAACCUUUAAAAAAAAAAAAAAAAAAAAAAAGAACCAGGGAUUUUUUUCCUCCUAAGAGGCCAAAGAGAGGACUUAUUGAUUUGAAACAACAAACAAAAAACUGGCACAAAAAAAGUAGCCCGUCACAGCUGUUAAUCCACAGAUUCCAUCCAUUUAUUUUCUUAACUGUUUGUCAAGUUUAGCUGUACCCCAGCUGAAACAGGGUGACACGCUGCCAGUCUAACACAGAGUGAAAGACAGCCAAUUUAGAAUAACCAAUUAACUUAAGCCCACUAACUAACCUGACUUUGGACUUUGGGAGGAAGUUAAAGUAUCUGGAGAAAACCCACAAAGAUCCACACAGAAAGCCUCAGCUAGCCAGUGGAUUUGAACCCAAGGUUUCUUGUGAGACAGUACUAAACACUGCACCAGUGCGCCACCUAUUAAUCUGCAGAUUACCUUUAAUUAAUUAAUCAGUUAAGAAGGAAAGGCUCCACAGUGAAGUGGUUUAAACAAGCCAAAGAUCCCUGGUUUGAUUCCAGGCAGACCCAAAUCCCUUUGGGGUUGUGUCAGGAAGGGCAUGAGACGUAAAAAUCUGCCAAACCAAACAUGCUACCUGCUGUGGCCGUCCUUUGUGAAAAGGGAGCUGCCAAAAAUAGUUAAUUAGUUUGGACACAAGUCAUGUUUUAACAGGCCAGAAUUCAUGCUGUGAGAUAAAAACAAGCAGAAAUUCCUAAACCGUUUCUCAAAUAUUUGUCACUUUUCCUCUAAAGCGACAGACUGAAACUGACUAGCAAAAUUACUGUAAACAGUUGACUGCUGCAGACUUUGUUUUAAAUGCGUCUUCAGACUUGAGUUGAGUGAAACCGGCUGAUGUCACUGUGACGUAAUCCGGGUUAUUUUUUUCACGCAGAUGUUUCUCGGGAGUAACAGGAUACCUUGUACAUGUGGUUCACCAGUCUGAGCACUCACAGGAGCCAUCUAGUGAUCUCAUGGCUUUGACAUAUAAACAUAGGGGGAUCCCUUUAAAAACUUCUCAACUUUAAAACAUGACAAAAAGAAUUGGGAAAAUGUGUGAUACCUGAAUAUCUUUGUUGUUUUGUUUUUGAUUUCCUGUCUCCUUCAUCAUUAUCUGUUUUUUGUUUUUUGUUUUUUGUUUUUUUCCCCCUAAAACUGAUCCAGACUGAGCAACAGGGAGCCGUGAACGUAGGUUUAAAAGUGUGCCGAUGGCAAUGUUGACAGAUUUACUUCCUUUUCCUCCCCCUGGUCAGCACUUUGGAAAGAAACCAAACUCAACUCCCUCAUUUGACCUCCUGCUCCGGUGGGGUCAAAGUUCAAAUUAAGUUCUAAAACAAGCUGUGGAGCUGAGCUUAGGCACGAAGACGCAGCUAUUCUGUAAUUUGCCCGUUUAGUUCGAUGGUGAAACCUCAGCUUGUCUGAUGGAAAAUCAAUCCGUUUCUCAGGGGGAAAAAGACGAGUUUAAGUGCGAGUUUGCAUGAGUCAGCCUGGAUGUGUGUGAGCUUGUUGGGUGAGAAUGAGUAGAUGGGGUGGGGUUGAUUAUUUCUGUCUGUGUGUCUGCUGUAGUAAAGAGAGUGAGGCUCUCGGCUUUGUCACACUCCAGCCGUGUGUCAUAUUAACAGCGUCACCCUGAAACUCUGAAUUAUUUCAUGAUCUAGAAAAACUUAAGUUAUACAGCAAGUUCAGUUCACUUUGGGACUAAAGCUUUCACUACCUGCUGCCUAUCGGACGUUGGAGAUAUCAAUCUGUUACCUUUGCUGAGACGUGGAGUUUUUCUAUGGCAGGUUUGUCACCACCCAGACUGUCAAGACCUGAAUAGCAAAAGCCCCCUCCACCUGUGUGAGUCAUGUGACUCACGCUGCCAUUCAGAGAAUUCAGACAACAUGCACUUUGACCGGCACCCCCGAUUUGACUUGCAACCUCAAGCCUCCAUCCUGGCUCGGAACGUAUCCACACGCUCCUGUCCCCCACGGACCAGCCCCCCCUCGGACCUGGAGGAAGAGGAUGAAGGGAGCAGUGACCGUGGGGAGCGUAAAACAGUGGGGAUGAAGCUGGUGAAAAAGAAACCACGGAGACGACACACUGAUGACCCCAGUAAGGAGUGCUUCAGCCUCAAGUUUGACCUCAAUGUGGACAUAAAAACAGAAAUUGUACCUGCUAUGAAAAAGAAGACACUGCGAGAGGUUCUAGGUCCUGUGUUUGAAAGGAAUGGCAUUGAGUUGUCCCGGGUGGACUUGUUCCUCGAUCAGUCUAACACGCCACUGUCCCUCAACUUCGAGGCCUACCGUUUUGGAGGACACUACCUCAAAGUGAAAGCUCGGCCAGGCGAUGAGCUGAAGGUGGAGCAGGGCGUGAAGGACUUGCGGUCUCUCAGCCUGCCCAACAUGAAGCCGCCUGGAGUCCAGAGCCCCUACAUCCUCGCGCCAGGCAGUGAGAAGGUGGAGCAUGGAUCUCUCGGACGCCGCGAAAGCAUUGAUCUGUUGGGUCAGGCCCGACGGAGGAAGAACAUAACAGAGUUUCUGGGUGAGGCGAAUAUCCCAACCCCAGAUGCUCUGGGACAGAUCGGUGGCUCUCUACCUGCUGUAGGGGCUGGGCCUGACAGCUGGAAGAACCGUGCUGCCAGCCGCUUCAGUGGUUUCUUCAGUUCCAACGCUGGAGCGGGGUCUUUUGGCAAGGAGGUGGAUCGACUGGAGCAGCUCCAGAGCAAACUCCAGACCUACUCAUUGUUUGGAUUGCCAAAGGUGCCACGACAGCUCUCCUUCCACCAGGACUCCUGGGAGGAGGAGGAGGAGAUCGACCUAUCCCUAGAGGACAGCUGGCAAACGCUACUGGACAACUCAGAGACACUGACAAGACGCCAGUUCCACCAGCAGGAAGCAAUAUGGGAGCUGCUGCACACAGAGGCUACCUACAUAAAGAAACUCCGAGUCAUCACUGAUUUGUUCCUGUGUGGGCUGCUGAACCUGCAGGAGAGCGGCCUGCUGACGGAGGUGGAACCCGCCAAGUUGUUCAGCAAUAUUCAGGAGAUCGUCCGCCUCCACACCUCCCUUUGGACCCAGGUCAUGCUGCCUGCCCUGAAGAAGGCUAGGCAAGCCCGGGCUCUGCUCGACCCCACUGACCUUCACCAUGGUUUCAGAACGUUUGGCACCAUGUUCAAGCCCUACAUCCGUUAUUGCAUGGAGGAGGAGGGUUGCAUGGAGUACAUGCGCACGCUUCUCAGGGACAAUGAGCUCUUCAGGACCUACGUCACGUGGGCAGAGACCAAUAAGAAGUGUAACCGUCUGAAGCUGGCCGACAUGUUGGCAAAGCCUCACCAGAGACUGACCAAAUACCCGCUCCUACUGAAGAUUCUUCUCAAGAAGACAGAUGAACCAGCAACCCGUGACAUUGUCAGCAGCAUGGUUGCCACAGUAGAGGGCUUUAUCAACAGCGUAGACUCCCAGAUGCGACAGCGUCAAGAACAACAGAAGCUCGCCACCAUCUCUGCCCGUAUAGACUGCUAUGAGGCUGUAGAGGGGAGCAGUGAAGAAGUGGAGAAGAUCCUCAAGGAGUACAACCACUUUGACCUCAUGGCUCCCAUGAGAGAUGUAUCUCCGGAAGAGACUCGACAGCUGCAUCUCGAGGGCGCGCUGAGGAUGAAGGAGGGCAAAGACAGUAGGAUGGAGGUCUAUUGUUUUCUGUUCACCGACCUGCUGCUAAUUACUAAGCCGGUGAAAAGAGUGGAGAAAGUCAAAAUUAUCCGUCAGCCUCUCCUUAUUCACAACGUCAUCUGUAAGGAACUCAAAGACCCAGGCUCUUUCAUCCUCAUCUACCUCAAUGAAUUCAAGAGUGCAGUGGCAGCAUACACUUUCCAAGCCAACAGCGCCACCCAGGGGCGAAGUUGGAUAGAUGCAAUCUGCAAUGUCCAGAACCAGCUCCAAAGGCUUCGCACUGAGGAGUUCCUCCGCCAGCAGGACAGUCAGAAGAGAUGUAUGGGGGAUGGAGAAGAGGAGGAGGAAGAUGAGAGCAGCAACUCCACUACAAGUUCCCCUUUGCUGAGUCACAAGGAUCAGCAAAACUCAAGUCAAUCAGACGGUUCCACUGAGACCCUAUCAGUGAUGGAUGUCGAUGAGCCCGGCGAGCACUCAGCAAUUCCUGCUUCCAACAUGAACCUCCAGGAAAGCGCUAAUAAAGACUUGGAUAGUGCUGUGGGUUCCCUUUCUGACAGGUCUGUGGGUCAGAAGUUGUCAAAUCCACUCAGAGUCCACUCCGCCAUCUACACUGAGCACAAUCAGGGCACGGGACCAGACAGUGAGGACCUGGACCCCCAGUGCCGCUCUCUUUCCAUGGACAGCGCCUACGGUACCCUCUCCCCUGAAUCCCUCCUAAGAGAACUGCAGCCACAGCCUGGCCAAAGUGAAGGCGAGGAGACUGAGGAGGAAGAGGGAGACAGGGAGAGUCAGGAGCCAGAGCACGAAGAGACAGAAUUAGAAGAAGUGGAUGAAGAAGAGGAAGAAGAAGAAGAGGAGGAUGCUUCAUUAGGGUCUCAGGUGUCAGUUGUCCAGUCCUCUAAACCUCGUCGGCGGCCUCAUGUACACCCCCGACUCCAUUGCCUCCUGGGGUUGUCCUCUCUGGCUCUAUCCCGCUCCGAAGACAACCUCCUGCAACACUUUCACGGUAACCACCCCAUCUCCCACACACACUCCCUCAGCUCUGAGACGCAGGACCAAUCGCUGUGCGGAGACAUGGACACGUCAAAGCUGUCGCACAGUAAGAGCAUGUCCGAGCUGGACCAGAACUCGUCAGUGGAAAACAAGGAGUUAUUUUCCACUGACCUCGACCAGUCUGACGAUUGCUUGAGCAUUAGCUUGCCCUCUGACAAACUCAGUGCCACCCUGAGGAGGGCGGAAGCCAGGCAUGGCCACGGGGCGCCCGACGGACAAUGCGAGGAUAACGAUUCUCAGAGCAACAGCUCAGAUGGGGAAGUGACUCCUUCUGCCUGCUUAGAUAAGAAAGCCAAGUCAGCAGCGGCCGGUAACUCAGGGGAGGCAUCGCCCAAAAAGAGAAAAUCUCCAGGCCAACACAAGAAGCUGACGCUGGCUCAGCUGUACAGGAUACGCACCACUCUUGUCCUGAACUCCACACUGACAGCAUCGGAGGUAUAACAGCUCUUCCAAAUGCUGACUGGUGGCAUAUGGACAUUACAAGGAAGAAUCCCUAUUUUAUGAGGAUGGACUGAACACACAAAUGCACUCGCUCUCUUCCUGCCCUCUCCCUUCCUGUUGCUUUUUGGACAAUGACUGUCCCUUUUUUUUUAACAUCACAACAAUAGCAAUCCAUUUGUGUUUUUGAUUUUGCUGUUGCGUUGGUUUCCAAAUUACUCAAAUGGGAGGGAGGGGCAGAGAGAUAUUAACUGCUUGCACUUUGCAAUGGAAGUAGCAUUAAUGGGGGCUGGAACCUUAAGUUGGACUUUGGGCGGAGUACGUAAGGAGCCCCUACAGACAGGAGGCAUCCCGGCGGAGGCCUUAAGACCUCAUUACUGCACUCCACACCAGAGAAAAGGUGGAGCAGAGUCCUGCACUUCUCCCUUCUCCUGAGGUGAAAAGAGGGAACACUAAAUCUUGAAAAUCUUCUCUACACGUGGCUGAAUAAAAAAACGGCGCCUAAGACGAGCUCCUGAUACUUGUACUAGUCCUGGUUUGCUUCAGAAAAGUUUAAAAAAAAUUGCACAGUUAUCUUUGUUAAGUAGAAGAAUCACUAAUGAGUGAAUUUACAUUUACAGUCACAAUGAAUUUUUAUUUGUACGUGUUUGCUGUAAAGACAUCUGUGUGUGACUGUGAAUGAAUGUCUACAUUUGACUUAUGAGUCCAAUCCUGACUGAACCAAAAUUGCUCCCGUUCUAUUACAAACACAAAGAUGGAAGACUUGUAGAGCUGGUAGAUUCCCAGCAAAAAAAAAUUAUUAAAUAAAUAAAAGUGCAAAAAGGCAAAGCAAGUCCAAAGCAGCCAAUCGCAUAUCAGCUCAUAAAGACUUGAUUCUUCUUUAUUUGAUUAUAGGUUGAACUAGUGAGAAGAUAUUCCUAAAAAAUAGACAGAACAUGGGUGACUAAAGCUGUUUUGUGGAAUUUUCUGCACUAUAUAAAGGCUUGGAUGGCUUGCAAGCACACACAGGAACUGAUUUAUAGGAAAAACAAAAGGAGUGCACACGUGAUUGUGUUUCUUGCUAGAAAGGAGGCUAAAUAAAAAGUUUGGGGUGGUGACUCUCAUUUUAGAUGAAUGGUGUUCUCUGGGAGAUUUAAGGGGAAGAA